GAGCGCGCCCUUGUGUCAAUCUUUAAACAGAGCCUGCAAAGGAUAAAACGCAUUUGAUCCGACUGCAUCUACAAGUGUUAUUACUGCGCCAGUUCGUCAGAUCAAACUCCCCACUCUCUUGCUCAAAAUGAACUUCCUCAAGUUGACAAGGACCAUGGCUCUUGCCCAGCCAAGAAGAAUCUCUCCUAUGGGUAAGAAUCAUCUCUUGUCAUCAGUGUACUUGUUAAUGAAGCUUUAUUAUCUGUGCAUACAGCUGCAACACCUGAACAUGCUAGUCCAUUACUUCCUUUCCUAAAGCAAUAAUUCAAGUGUUCCAUUCAACAAAUACUAACUCCAUGGUUUAUUGUUUUCAGCUUCCAUCGCCUUCAGAAGCGCAAUGGUACCACUUGGUAUCAAGGCUGCUCGAUUCAGCACAACUUCCAUCCGCUCACACGCCGCACCAGCUUCAGACAACAACCAGCAAGUUGACUACAGCAAGGGCCCCUCUGCCAUUGACAAGGCUUCCCAGUGGCUUUUGCUUACUGAGUUGAUGCGUGGUAUGUGGAUUGUUCUUGAGCAAUUCUUCCGUCCACCAUACACUAUCUAUUACCCAUACGAGAAGGGUGCUUUGUCCCCUCGUUUCCGUGGAGAGCACGCUCUUCGCCGUUAUGCCACUGGUGAAGAACGUUGCAUUGCUUGUAAGCUUUGCGAAGCCAUUUGCCCUGCUCAAGCCAUCACUAUCGAAGCUGAGCCUCGUGAAGAUGGAUCUCGUCGCACCACCCGUUAUGAUAUUGACAUGACCAAGUGCAUUUACUGCGGUUUCUGCCAGGAAGCUUGCCCAGUUGAUGCUAUUGUUGAGGGUCCCAACUACGAAUUUGUUACUGAGACUCACGAGGAAUUGUUGUAUAACAAGGAAAAGUUGUUAGCCAACGGUGACAAGUGGGAAGUCGAAAUUGCACGAAACUUGCAAGCCGAUCACCCUUACCGUUAGCGUAAUUGAAUUUACUGUAUUAGAAUUUGAAAUAAAAGUAAAAAGCCCAAAUGCAUCCGUACAAGCCUUAAGAA